GCGGAUGGGGCUGCAUCACUCUGGGAGCAGCUGGUCGGCCAUUGAUGUGUGUCGUGGCUCUAUAACCAAACACAGAGAGAGUGGAGAGGGACGGGAACACAUUUCACUGCAUUAAUUAGAAGGAAGCGUUUUCAUCUUUGAUAUUCGGGUUGUAGGCUUCACAAUAUCUGGAUAUGUCCUUCAUAUUUGAUUGGAUUUACAGUGGUUUCAGUAGUGUUCUGCAGUUUCUUGGACUGUACAAGAAGUCAGGCAAAUUAGUAUUUCUUGGAUUGGACAAUGCUGGCAAGACAACAUUAUUGCACAUGCUUAAAGAUGACAGAUUGGGUCAACAUGUGCCAACUUUACAUCCAACCUCUGAAGAGCUGACGAUUGCUGGCAUGACGUUCACCACCUUCGAUCUGGGUGGCCACGCUCAAGCUCGCAGAGUUUGGAAAAACUACCUCCCUGCCAUCAACGGUAUUGUCUUCCUCGUGGACUGCGCAGACUUGCCCAGACUGGCUGAGUCCAAAACAGAACUCGAUGCACUUGUAACAGAUGAAACUGUUGGAAACGUGCCUAUCCUGGUCCUUGGGAACAAAAUUGAUAGACCUGAAGCCAUCAGCGAAGAGAAGCUACGAGAGCUGUUUGGGUUAUAUGGACAGACAACGGGCAAGGGCAAUGUCCCCCUGAAGGAACUCAAUACAAGACCACUAGAAGUGUUCAUGUGCAGUGUGCUGAAGAGACAGGGCUAUGGCGAGGGCUUCCGCUGGCUGGCACAAUAUAUUGACUGAAUCCAUGGCAUUCUCACUAUGUUUGAUCAUCUGUCUGCUUAGAAAGUUAAAACAUGUACAACUUGAACCCAAUAUGACUUUUAUUGGUUGAACAUUUGAUUAUAAAUUUUUCUAGGAGAAUAAUCUAGCAUCGGCUGAUCAUUUUUCCCCAGUAGUGUGUGUGAACGUUGCAACAUGUUAACUGUAACCCCAUUGGAUAGGUUUCCUUUUUAACAUCACUUUCUUGGCUUUGUUUCCCAGCCCUGUUUUUGAAGAGUGUGAGUGAUGUAAUGCUAUGCAUUUGAGUGCACUUUUUAACAGGACAGACUACAGACAUGUGACUAGUAUUUAAUAAGCAUCAUGUACAAUUUUUAUGUUCUGUUUUUUUGGAAAUGUUUGGUUCAAUAAACCUACAAUAUGUAACCACCCAUGCACUUGUUACUUUGAAACCUCUGUUUUUUGUUCCUUUUUCUAGCUACGUGAUGUAUUAAACAAUUGGGUUCUUCUGGGGUGGAAUACAAAGUAAUUGUAAAGCUGGCUGCUUACAGCCUUGGCUCAGUCUAGGUGAUUGAAUACAGCUGUGGUCACUCAGCUGCCACUGGAAAGG